AUGUCUGAAGAACAAAUUGAGGAGCAAAUUCUCACCGUAGGCCGUGAAAAGCCUGAAGGUAUCUCAAACUCUACGAUACAACAACUUUUCCCUGAUAUUCAACCAGCAACAUGGACCAAGGUUAUGAACAAACUCCUCAAAAACAAUGUAUUUGAAUUAUUCAAAGACCAAAAUGAGCUGCUUUACAAAUUCAAAGACCCCAGCCAGAAAUCAACCGUUAAAGGAUCUGACAAUGAAGAAAGAGUUGUGUUUAAGAUCAUUGAGGAAGCAGAUAAUAAAGGAAUUUGGAUAAGAGACAUCCGUUUCAAGUCGAAUUUGAAUAUGACACAGCUAAACAAAGUUCUAAAGAGUUUAGAAACCAAGAAGAUUAUCAAGGCUGUUAAAUCAGUUUCUGCAAGCAAAAAGAAAGUGUACAUGCUAUAUGAACUGGAACCAGAUAGUUCUGUGACUGGAGGUGCCUGGUACCAAGACCAAGACUUUGAAUCUGAGUUUGUUGAUGUUCUUAAUCAACAAUGCCAUAGAUUUCUAGUUGAGAGAUGGGAGAAUGCUGUGAGUCAGGGAGGUGGUCCUGUUUUAAUAAGGAAUAGAAGUUAUGCCACUGCUAGUGAUGUUCAUAAGUUUAUAUCUGAUUUAGGUAUUAGUAAGGUAGCACUGACUGUUGAGGAUAUGGAGAGUAUUUUGUACACAGUUGUUUUGGAUAAUAAGGCAGAGAGGAUAAUCAAUUCAAGCAGUUUAAAUUUGUAUAGAGCUGUGAAUCCACUUUUGCCUUCAACUGGUUUAGUGAAGAGCAAUUGUGGCAUAUGUCCGAUUGCAAAUCGAUGUGCGGACACUGGCUUAGUUACUCCUAAAGUUUGUAAUUAUCUUAAUGAUUGGUUAGAGAAUUAAAUAUUGAAUUGAUUGAAA